AUGUUCACUGAUCUAUUCCUAUAUGCAAUGAUUGUUCCAGUGAUGCCCACGACCCUAGUAUCCCGGGCAAAUGUCAAACAAGAAGACCUGGAAUACUGGAACAGCGUUCUCCUCAUCACCAUGGCCGGAUCAGCGCUAAUCUGGAGCCCUACCUUCGGAUACUUGGUUGACGUUUCUGGGACGCGCCAGGUCCCGUACCUAUUCGGACUCACGCUUCUCUUUGCCUCGAUGACUAUAUUUACAGCCGCGCAUUCAGUGCCAUGGUACAUGGCCGCCCGCGCCCUUCAAGGUGCCGCAACCGCUAUGGUAACCGUGGCAGGUCUAGCGAUCGUGACUGAUGCCGUGGACAAGCGCAAACUUGGACAGAUGAUCGGCUAUGUUGGUACGGCGAUGACAUUGGGUUUUGUGUCUGGGCCACUUUUGGGAGGAAUUGUUUUUGAGAUUGGAGGGUUUUAUGCUGUUUGUGGAAUGGCAUUUAUGAUCAUCACUCUUGAUUUGCUUCUACGACUGGCUGUUGUUGAAAAGAGAGUUGCGGCGAAAUGGUUGACUGAGACUGAGAGAGCGUUCAUCGCCGAGUCGAACAAUAGCAGCGAACUACCAUAUGGAACAGAAGUUCAUGGUAAUGGAACAAUUAAGGUCAUCAAGCAGGAUGGGACAUUCGCUCUUUUCAAUCUACUGAAACAGCGGCGAAUCCUUAUCAGCUUAUGGGCUAUCAUCGUCAGCAAUGUGGUAGUAUCCGCAUUUGAUGCUACUCUUACCAUCUUCGUUCAGAAGUUGUUCCACUGGGACGUCCUUGGAGCAGGUCUGAUCUUCCUGCCAGGAGCCUCUGCAGCUAUCUUCCAGCCUUUCUUCGGAUACCUCUCCGACCGCCUCGGCUCCAGAAUAAUCGCAUUCACCGGCUUCACCCUCCUAUCCAUCCCCCUAAUAUCCCUCCGCCUCGUCAACCAAAACACCGCUCUCCACAUAACAAUCCUCUGCAUCAUCCUAGGCAGCGUCGGAUUAUGCGUUGACCUAAGCGAACCCGCCCUUAUGGUUGAAAUCCAGCGAGUCCUGGAUGACAUGGAGACCAAGGAUCCUGGCGUUUUUGGCGAGAAGGGUGCUAUCGCACAGGCCUUUAGUCUGCACAGUAUGGCACAUUUUGGGGGACUGGCAUUAGGGCCGAUUGUAGGGGGGUUUUGUCUCGUUUCAUUUUGGGUGGGAUGCGAUGACGCUUGCUCUUGGGAUACUUGCGUUGGUUACGGCUGUGCCUAUGCUUUGGCUAAGUGGCGCGAAGGGGGAGGAGGGUAG